AUGAGUGCUGCAGCAGACGCGCGUAUGAAUUUAGAGCAACUGCAAAACGAAUUACAACGGUUAGAAAAUGAAAACAGGAAUGCCAAAGAUGAACUACAGACUGCUGAAGAUCGAAUAAAAGAACUCAAGCAGAAAUCAAGAGAUCAUGAAGCAGAAAUCCGUCGUCUCGAUGAACAAAUCAAACAACUCAAUGCUGAAAUAGAACGACUCGAAAAGGAACUGGAAGAUAUGCGUGAUGAGCAAACACGUUUACAAGAACAGCGCCGUCAACAACAAGUAGAACAUGAUCGCCUUGAACAUCAACUCCAACAAGAAACAGAACGUCUACAAGAACUUCAGCAACAACUCAGAGAUCUCCAAGAGCAGAAACGAGAUCUCGAAGAAAAACGUGAACAGCUGGAAACCCGCAAACAACAACUGGAACAAGAGAUACACCGAAUCGAAGCACAGAUUGCUCACCUUGAACAACAAAUACAGGAGUUGCAGAAUCGUCUUCAACAGUUAAACGAGGAGAUACGGCGAAUUGAAGAAGAGAUCAACCGUCUAGAAGAUGAAAUCAAGGAUUUACAAAAUCGAAUUGUAACACUCGAAAAACAAAAGGAACAACUCGAACAACAAAUUCGUGAAAAUGAAAUCAGACGUGACGCAAACGAAGCGGAGCAACGAAAGAUCGAAGAUCUCAAACGACGAAUUACACAUCUGAUUAAUUUGAAGAGAAAUCACAUUGAACAACUGAAAGAACUACAAACAAAACUGGCAGCGGAAAAAAAUCAAGCGCAAGCAGCACUCAACCAGUCGAAAGCUGAAUUACAAGCUGCUCAAGCCAAAAUGAAUCAAGCACAGAACGUUGUCAAUCAACUUCGCGAACGGUUGCGUGUAUUGCAAGAUUUAAUACGAACUAUCGAGAGAGUAAUGCAACAACUCAAUGGACAAAAGAGUAAAUUAGAGGGACAACUACAAACUCAAAAAAGUCAACGAGCUGAACUCGAGAGAAAACGCACGGAAACAGAUGCGAAACUCAAUGGUAAAAAGUCUGAAUUAGAAAAAGCUGAACACGAACGAAAUCGACUCCAACAAAGCAUCACUCGAUUGGAGAAUGAACUCAAAACGUUACAAGACACACUUUCUUCUCUUACCAAACAGCGGGAUGAGUGUGCCAAACAACUGGAAAAUGAGAAGAAGAAACAAGAACAACUCGAAAAAGAGCUCAAAGAUGAACAGAACAAACAACGACAAGCAGAACAAGCUGUGCAAAAACAGGAGCAACAAGUGAGAAGUGAUGAAGCUGCUUUGCGGCAAGCUGAAACCGAAGAAGUAGCUGCACGAACUGCCGAACAACAAGCACAAAUAGAAUUAGCAACAGCAAGGGCCGACUUAGCUACAGCUCAAGCUCAACUAACAGCUGCUCUUGCUGCUCCACCACCAGUCAAUACAGGCAUGAUCGCAGCAGCUAAGGCAAGAGUUGCCACCUGUCAGGGUCAAUUAACAAUGAAGAAUACUGAUUAUCAAAUGAAGGUCAGCCAGCACGCGAAAGCUCGCACAAACACUGCAACACGUCGUAGCACCCUACAACAAGCUCGCGCAACACUGCAACAGAAGAAAACUGAACUUGAAAGCCAAAAACAACGUGUCAAUGCCAAGAAAACAGCACUUGAUCAACAGAAAACAACAGUGACAGCAACCAAAAAUAAACUCCAGAAAUUGAAACAAGAUUGCUCACAAGCGCGGAAGAAUGUCGACGACAAACAAAGAGCUGUGAACGACGAAAAAAAGAAAUUAGAAACACAGAACAAAACAUGUGAAAACUUGAAAGUGGAAGUCAAUCAACUCGAUACAGCAUUGAAAGAUUUGGUUCAGCGUGUGCAAAAUCAAGAUCAAAUGAUUAAACAAUCAGAAACUCAGCUACAAAAUACUCAAGCUCAAUUAGCUAGUCAAGAAGCACAACUUGGACAGCAGAAAACGCAAGAAACAACAGUUACACAAGAAUGUAACAAAAACAUGGCUGAAGUACAACGGCAAGCAGAAUUCAUUCGAAGUAAACAAAGCGAAGUAACACGAUUGGAGAAUCAUCUACAGAAUGUUCAAUCGAAUAUCGACAUGUUGAAUAAAUCUAUUCCUGAACUUGAAAAUGACCUUGCUCAACAAGAUCAAAACCUACGCGAUGCUCAAACGGCAAUGCGAAAACUUGAAGCUGAACAUUCUAAACUCGAAACGAACAGAGCAGAAAAAGAACGUGAAAAACAACAAGCUGAACGAGAUAUUACGACAUUCAAUCGAGAUAUAAAGCGACAACGUGCAACGCUAGCUGAACGAGAACGUGCUAAAGGAAGCCUGGAAGCUGAAGUCAAUGGUAAAAAAUCUGAACUGGUGGCGAAACAAGCACAGAAACUUGCUCGUGAAAAUCAGUUACGUGCUGUUGAAGAUCAACUUCUCGCUAAUAAAAACGCAAUUAGAAGUGUGGAAAAUAAAAUGCGUGAUACAGAAAGACAAAUACACGAACAAACUGCACUACAACAAGAAACAAAACGUCGUUUCGAUGACGUGACAGUACAGCUGGGCAACACCCAACGUGAUCUCGAUCGAUUGACCCGACAAAUAAACGACAAGAACACCGUUUAUGAAAGAAGAAAACGAGCAGGAAAUGAUUUACAAGCUCAAUGUGAAACACGUCGCGCAGCACAGCUGGCUGUCGAUAAGGAAGUAUCAGAACUUGAAUCAACGCUGGUGAGUCGUCGAGCGAAAAUAAAUCGAUUAGGACGCGAAGCUCACGCCGCAAAGGAAAUGAUCGAUCAGCAACAAACGAAAAAUGUUACAACCAUUUCACGGCAAAAUGACGAUUUUGAACCUCUGGAUGACAAGGAAUAUAUGCGUCGGCAAAAUCAACAACAACUAAACCAUGCAUACGGCUAA